AUCACACGUGCGAGACGUAUUUUGUCUUGCUCAGUUCUUUUCGGAAGACAAGUUGCUACAAAGAUGAUCUCCGCACGAAGAAUCGGCGGCAGAUGUCUUCAAAAUACAAUAUUCCUUGUCCAGGAAAGGAAAUUGAUGAAUUUGUCACAAAAGAACUUACUGCGACAUAUUGUUGGGAAGCGGAACUGUCUGCAUAAAAGAUUCAAGUCCGACAAGGUCAAAGGUCAUGUGGUCGGUAUUGAUCUCGGCACGACAAACUCGUGCGUGGCUAUCAUGGAAGGGAAACAAGCGAAGGUUCUGGAGAACUCUGAAGGAGCUCGCACCACUCCGUCGGUUGUUGCCUUCACGAAGGAUGGGGAGCGUCUUGUUGGAAUGCCUGCCAAGCGGCAAGCCGUCACCAAUGCAGAAAACACACUCACUGCCACAAAGCGUUUGAUUGGACGGAGAUAUGAAGAUCAUGAAGUGCAGAAGGAGAUGAAAACAGUUUCUCACAAGAUUGUCAAGGCCUCCAAUGGUGAUGCAUGGGUGGAAGCUCAGGGCAAGAUGUAUUCACCCAGUCAGAUCGGAGCAUUUGUCCUGACCAAAAUGAAAGAAACAGCAGAGGAUUACUUGGGGACUGGUGUUAAAAAUGCUGUCAUCACAGUUCCUGCUUAUUUCAAUGACUCACAGAGACAGGCCACGAAGGAUGCUGGACAGAUUUCGGGUUUAAAUGUUCUGCGUGUGAUCAAUGAGCCUACAGCUGCCGCUCUGGCCUAUGGGAUGGAUAAGACUGAGGAUAAAGUAAUCGCCGUGUAUGAUCUCGGUGGUGGAACAUUUGAUAUUUCAAUAUUGGAAAUCCAGAAAGGUGUAUUCGAGGUCAAGUCGACAAAUGGGGAUACAUUUUUGGGUGGAGAGGAUUUCGACAACCAUCUCGUUGAGUUCUUGGCUAAAGAGUUCAGAAGAGAUCAAGGAUUAGACAUAACAAAAGACAAAAUGGCAAUGCAACGAUUACGUGAAGCUGCCGAGAAAGCUAAAAUAGAAUUGUCUUCAUCUCUUCAGACCGAUAUCAAUCUUCCCUAUCUGACAAUGGACUCGAGUGGUCCUAAGCACAUGAACCUGAAGCUGUCCAGAUCGAAGUUUGAGUCCCUGGUUGAUGGUUUAAUCAAACGUACCAUUGGCCCUUGUCAGAAAGCACUUCAGGAUGCAGAGGUGAAAAAAUCUGACAUUGGAGAAAUUAUUCUUGUUGGUGGCAUGACGAGAAUGCCAAAGGUACAGACAGUAGUCCAAGACUUGUUUGGCCGUCAGCCCAGCAAGUCUGUGAAUCCAGAUGAAGCCGUUGCUAUUGGAGCGGCUAUUCAAGGAGGUGUUCUGGCUGGAGAUGUAACAGAUGUGCUGCUGCUUGACGUAACGCCACUGUCCCUGGGAAUUGAAACACUAGGCGGGGUCUUCACCAAGCUGAUCAACAGAAACACCACAAUCCCCACCAAGAAGAGCCAGAUCUUUUCAACAGCAGCCGAUGGUCAGACUCAGGUGGAGAUCAAAGUGUAUCAAGGGGAGCGUGAGAUGGCUUCAGAUAACAAACUUCUUGGACAGUUUUCACUGGUGGGAAUCCCCCCAGCUCCACGAGGUGUGCCGCAGGUGGAGGUGACCUUUGACAUCGAUGCCAAUGGAAUUGUCAAUGUGUCGGCAAGAGACAAGGGAACUGGCAAGGAACAACAGAUUGUAAUCCAGUCAUCGGGUGGUUUAUCGAAGGAUGACAUUGAAAAUAUGGUGAGAAAUGCAGAAAGACAUGCCGAAGAAGACCGAAAGAAAAAGGAAAUUGUUGAGAUGGUUAACCAGGCCGACAGUGUGGUUCAUGACACGGAGACAAAGAUGGAAGAAUUUAAGGAACAGCUCCCCAAAGAAGAGUGUGAUCAGCUGCGUGAGAAAAUAACAAAAGUUCGUGAGAUUCUUGCCAACAAGGACUCUGAGUCCCCAGAAAACAUCCGACAGGCGACGUCCGACCUUCAGCAGUCGUCGCUGAAACUCUUCGAGAUGGCUUACAAAAAGAUGGCUUCAGAGAGAGAAGCGAAAGAAGGUUCAAGUUCUUCUUCGACAGAAGAGAAAGAAAAGGACAAAGAUUCAUCGGAGGAAUCUUCCGAACAGAAGGAAGGGAAGAAGGAAGACAAGAAUUAAGAGAGAGAACUUGAAACUUACAGCUCUCUCAUAACACAGUGGAAAGAUUAAUCAUUUGUACAGCCUGGUUUCUGCAUUGUGGGCAUUUUCAUCAUGUAGAGAUUCAAGUACAUUGUUUGAAACCUGGCCUACUAGAAGUAUGCAAAGACCAUCUAUUUAUUACAGAUUAUAUUGUUUGUAUUUGAUAACAUGGACCAAAAGUGCUAACAUUUAAAUAAAUGCUAUUUUAGUCUAUCCAGGUAAAUAUGUCAGUAGGAUGGAUAUUAACCUUAAAAUACUGAAAUAAUGUUGACUAAAAUAUUUUACAUUUCGAGCAACUUCCUUACAUCAACCAACAGUUUCUGUAGUCAAAUAUAUAUAAACUUUUUUUUUCACAAGCUAACCAUACUAUUAGGCAUCGGGAGUGUUUAAUCUCCAUAUUCAUUAUUUCACUCAUUAUCAUCAGAACAAAACCAUUCGCUUCCAUAUUCAUGUGGUGUAAAAAAACGUAAAUAUUGAGAUUGAACGGAGUUGCCUCCCUUCAGGAGGUAAAGUUAUUUUUGUCAUAGGUUAAUAAGUGUGUUAACAGCUUAUCCAUGUGAUUGAUUUGAUACAAGUUUGAUGUGUUUGUAUAUUUUGAUAUCCAUAGUCAUUAUACAAAUCUGUACUAGCAUAUAUGCUACUUCCAAAUCUUCUCUUUUUUUUUUUUUAAACAAGGCAAAUGAAAAAAUAUAUAGGUGACAAUCACAUACUGAUUGCAGGCCCGUAGGAACGACUUUGGGAGUAGAGGGGCACUGACGGAUUGAGUACAAACUAUAUCAGAUUUUGGUUACAAUGGCAAACACUAAUGAGCUAAAAAAAAGUUUUAAAAAGUCACAAGUGGCCCCUCCCAGAUUCCUACGGACCUGGGUAGUUAAUGUGGUCAUAUAGCUAAUUUGUUCAUGUGGACUUCACAAUUUGCUGUGAAUCGGGUGAAAGGAAAUUUUUCCACUAUCAUUCGGGUUCCAGGUAUCCAAUGAAUUCCAUUUACUGAUUGGCCAUGAUGCUUUCUGCGUUGGUACAGGUGUAAUAUGGUGGUAUGAUUAGACAUGAUAAUGCUCGUGAUUUUAGUGGUCGAAGAUUUUUUUUGCUUGGAGAUGAAAAGUUGUUUCUUCAUGGUACAAAAAUCCAUCAAAAGUGUUUAAUUGGACAAGACAUCUGUAAAUGUAAACAGUCACAAUUCUUUUUUUGCCAGUCUCAUUUAUCACAAACGUUGUAAAACAUUUAUUUUUAACUCCUAAAUGUAUUUAUCGAGAUCAAAAUAAAUUGAUUCCAUUACUAUUUGCUCGUUGUUUGGCACAGCAUAUCAUACCACAUAGUAUGUAGUGAUUUAUCUAAUCAUGUUACAGUUUGCAAUAAAUGUGAAUACUUCUAUACAGGAGUAAAAUAAUGUCACUUUGUGGAUUCCUGUUUAAUGCAUCUGGGUUUGUUUAACAUUUGUAUCGUGUACAAAAUGUAAGGGUAGAGCAAACAUCACUCCUUGUUAGGGGAACCUCGGUCCAUGAAAUUCGCAAUAGUAAUCAACAGUGCUGCCUCAAAAAAACACGCAAAAUUUAUUUGUGGCAGCAUUUUUAUCAUUGGUUAUUUACUGUUAUUUGUAUAAACUUAAAGUACAUUUGUUGGUCUCUAACCAGUCCAAUCGGAGGGGACGGUUUAUGUCUGUCCAUCUGCCCCAUGUAUAUUUUUCUGGAUUAUUAAUUUUUUUUUAAACAUCUCAUGAUAGUAAGCUAAAAUUUUGUGUACACCUUUUAUCAUGUAAAUGCAGAUCAUUUCAUGUUCAUCGGUAUUUGCCUAUUUUUAACAGUUAUGGAUCUUGAACUUAGAUGAGAAAAUUGGUUCGGUUCGGAAAAAAACCUGUAUUGCAUUAAGCAGUACUCUGAAUUCUUGUUUAUGAAAUUUGUUUAAAGAUACAGACUGGUUAGUGCAACAGUACCUCAGUCUUAAUGUAUUUUGUAUCCUUCGAGUGUUAUUUCAGUAUUAGUAAUUUUUAAGAAAUCUAAUAGAAAUAUUAUCAACACCAAAACAUUGCCAUAUUGUGAUCAUUUGGGGGAUGUUUGACCACACUAGCAUUAUUCCUCAAAUUAAAGAAGCACAAAGUUGAAUAUCUAAUAAUUUUGGUGUGUACUGUAUAUAGAUACUGUGAUGUUUAUUAGAAAUUGUAUUUGACCCGAUUGUGCAUUAAAACAUGGUAACUUG